AUUAAGGUGCCAUGAGUGUUAUAAGCAGGAGUAUAGAUAAGAUCUUAUCUCAUCUGGUUUUCAGCAGGAGGCGGACUGACAACUCCUUGGGCCCCCAAGCAAUAGGAGAUCAUGGGGCCCCUGUGUCCUUGCCCAAACUCAAAAAAGCCUAUGAAAAAGGUACCAGGUGCAUCUCAUGGGGCCCCCUACUGACCCUGGGCCCUCGGGCAGUGCCUGAGUUUCCAAAUGGUCAGUCCGCCCCUGGU